CGGCAUGCAAGGAAAACCCUAGCAAAGCCUAUCGGUUUGCCCCUGACGGUUUAGUGCCCGUGUUGGAGCCAUUGUGGGGACAAGAAAUCGCUUUCUACAUUCAUCCAUGGAAUGAAUAUUGCGACCAAAUUGUAACUACCUAGAACCGCGGAUAUGUAGGUAAAUACCACAUGUAGGUUAGCAUAUUGCAAAUCGAUACGUUCGGUACGUUCGGUGCUUGGUUCUCGAAAUGUGUUCCAAGGAGUAGUAUCUUCAUAAAAGGGAUUAUAUUGUGGCGAAGUCUUCGUCUUCUAAGCCCUGAGUAUUCAUAUGAAUGUUGGUUAUGAUAUAUGACAUGAUGAUGGUCAUAUUACUAUAUCGAUACCUAGCACAUGGGCCAUUGGCACAGACAUCAUGUAGCUCAAAGUUUCGUGACAUCCUGUUCUUCAAGACAAAGAGAGAAGAGACAAUUCUCUCAUCCUCAAUUACCAUGUAGACAUUGAGGAACUGUACUGCUUAAGGGGAAAGCCUGAACCGAGCCGGCUUCAGGUCAGAUACGGAGCGAACUUGAUAGGCUCGGGAUGAUGGCUGCUGGCAUACCUAUCUGCCUGUGUAGCAAUUGGCUUGGAGUCACAUGCAUCCGUCCACAUAUGAUUCGGACGUUUAUAGUGUAUACUUCGUACAUGCCUAUAUUUAUGCAUCGUACUCUUCAGACGAAUAUGCUGGAUAUAUGGAUACAAUAUCAGUAUAGAGGUGCUUGCAAACGCCGAAUCUCUCUAAUGGUUGCCAAGUCUGUUGAGUAAAUGAAUCAAUGUAAUACAUAAUAUGGUACAUUGUGGUGUACUUGGUCAGUCUUGGUGUACUGCAGAAGUUCAAUGUUGGGCACAUGUUAAGAGUUGAUCUGUGGGCUAUUAGGUAGUGGAGUAGGUGUGAUGAUCCCCCUCCACGGCGCCACCAAUUAAUAUGCCAUGUGGG